AUGAAUCCCCAGAACCCGCAUCCUGCUUUUAAACCCCCAAACUACAAUUCUCCAAUAAGUCAGCGCACAUUCCCUAACGCAAACGUGCAGCCAGGCCCACAAGUGAUAAAUCCUCAAAUACCUGCUAUAAAACUUAACCCACUUGUUAGGCAAAAUCCAGAACCAAGCAAUCUACCUGCGCCAGGUUCUGAGUCUUUAAAGGGUAUGACUGAUAUCUCUGUUCCAAAAUACCAGACAAACCAACAAUUUAACCCAUUAGGAGCUGUGUUCCCUGUAAAAGCUGAUUCUAGUUAUCAAGACACAAGCUCCCAAGAAGGGUCUUAUCAUCCGCAUUCAAAUCAAGGCAUGCCAAUAAAAGGCCCUUCAAUACCUCGUCAAUUUACUCAAAACAACACUCCAUCCUCACAUGCACCUCAGCAAAUGAUAACUCCAAAAAUUCCUCAGAAUGGUAAAUACAUUAAAAUGACUGCACGCGCCAACCUGCCCAUUCGGCGCAACAGUCCAGACCUUAUGGCUACAGCGAAUUGGGACGGACUCCGAAGAAAGAAUCAAAUGCAGGCUCAAGAGAUAUGCACCCAGGUAGGUUUUGGCUACUUUCUUUUAGUUGGAAAUGGAGGUACUCAACAAUGUCCUUUUAGAUCCAAGGACCCAUGGGCAUUCCUCUACUGAGAAACUGGGGUUUCAGCCUGGCCAGGGAGUAGUCUUUUUUCUGUAGCUGUUUGAGGCACUUCGGCUUUAGCGGACUCCAAGGGCCCAUGGAAUCAAGCUACUCUAAUAGCCCGUAGCAGGGCCGCAGAAAUCCAUAAGCACUCAAGACUGAAGCUGCAAGCUAAUGAGGAGACAGAAGGUACCAGAGGGAAUUCGUAAGAAGGAUAAACCUUCUGGACUGGAGUCAAAAAGAGGUAGAACAUACCGUAUGGGAGGUCUUUGGUGACUACGUCACCAAUAUGGCUAACGCCUGAUUUUUAAUAACUAAUCCUCAGAAUGAUGCCCCAAUGAUGAAGGCACCACCAUUUAUUAAGAACACUCCUCAAAUUAACCAGGCGAAUCAAAUUAAUCCUCAAUUUCAAAGAGAGCCAAAUCUCCAAUCCCAAAUUAUUAAGCCAAACCAGCUUGAUUCCCAAGUCUCUAACCCAAUUGGCCCUCAAUCUUUUAUUAAGUCUCCAAAUCAACCUACUAACCAAGUCCCAAGCUCAGCAGGUCCUCCACCCCUAGUUAAACCGCCUAAUCAAUCUAACCAGCCAUUUCAGCUUCCAAGCCCACCAAUAUUUCUGCCUCCAUCUAAUCAGAUGGGCCAGCUCAAUAACCAAAUUCAAAACCCUCAAAACUUUCAAUCUCAGCAGCCAAGCCAGUUUCUGCCUAAAAAGUAUGUCCCUCCUCCCUCACCUCAAAAUGAUAAUCAAGUUAAAAACGCUCAAAAUCUUCAGCCUCAACAACUAAUCCGAGGUACGCCUCAAGCUCAGUUUGUGCCUAAUCCCACACCUCAAAAUAUGCAAGAAGGCACAGGCAAUUUGCAAAACUUUCAACCUAAUUUUACUCCUCCCAAUUUUGGUCCAAAUAUUCCUCCACCUCCUCUGCAUGGCCAGAAUUAUAUAGGAUCUGGACAGGUUCCAAAAGCAAGCAAUCAAAUUCCUACUCCUUCUGCUGAUGAAAGCAAUAAAUUUGUCAGGCCACCACCACCGCCACCAGAAUUUUUUAACCCACCAAAUGUUCAAAAUCCCACGAAGCCUCCACAAGGUGAUAGUAUACAAAAUCCUAAUAACCCUCAAUCUGAAUCAAAGUUUCCUUUAACUCCCCCCCCCUCCGUGAGUGAACAAAACCAUUAGAAAAAUCGCUGUUUUUUGCCCAAAAACCCACCCUCCGUGAGUGAACAAAAAUUUUUUUAAUACAAAAAUUUUUUACGGAAAAAAAUUUUGAUAUAUAAAUGAUAAUUAAUAUAAUGAAAUCUAGAGCUAAUUCUGUUUAAUUUUAAAAAAUUGCAUUUUAAAAUAUAAAUUUUAUAAAUUAAAUUAAUAUUUGCUUUCAAAUUUUGGCAAAUUAGGAUUUUUUUAAAUUUCGAAAAAAAAAAAAUUUUUUAGAAAAUUUAUAUAUAAAAUUUUUUAAAAAAAAAAAAAAAUUAACCCUCCUCCGUGAGUGAACAAAAUUUUUUUGUUCACUCACGGAGGGGGGGGGAGUAAGUGGAAUAAAUUCUGGCCCUCCUUUUAUCCAACAGAUAGCCAAUUCAGUUGAAGGAACUCUUCCUGACCUAAAAGGAAGCCUUCCUCAAGGAAUUAUACCUCGAAUGGCAUAUCCUCCGCAGCCACAAAAUCCAACCAAUGCAUUAUUAAUUAAUCCUGCUCCACUUAGAGUUCAUCAAGAACAAGACUUUCCAAAAUUUACUCCAAAUAAUCCCCCGAGAGGCAACUCAAUUCCCUUGAAUCAGCCAUUUGACCUUUCCAGGUCUCGGAUGGCGUCCUUAAACAACUCAUCCUCUAUUGAUUCAGAUAUGCAAAAUUCUCCCCCUUCAAAUGGCUUACUGCAGGUUGAAAGCAUUCCAUGCCCACCUCAACUUGCAUCGAGACUUAACAGAAGAAACAUUACAGCAGACAUUAAAAGAAAAUACAUGCUAACAACUGCCACCUAUGAUGGCACAGCUUUUAAUCUAACCGGAAGUCCCAGCUCAGUUCAGCAAGCAUCUGAAGAAUUAAAGAAAAUUAUCACCCAAGAGAGUCAGCUAGGCAAUGUGUUUUGGGAAUGGCUUCGUGAUGAUGGCUCACUAGAAGCUUAUCCGCCUGCAAUAAACGAAAUAAUUGAGAAUGCAUACAAUCGAGGAGAAAAUUGAGCAGCAAUUCCGAUUAAAGGCCAGACAUAUAGAGUCAUUUUCGGAGAUCCGCAUGUCCAAGUAGUUUUAAACUCAAAAAUUUCUAGAACUGUUAGAAGAAAUGAUGGAAGCCAGGCAAGUGUCGAUAGAAAACUCAACGAAAAUGAGGUCACCUGGUACUGACAAGACGACGACAAAAUUUUCAAGAAGUAUACAGCUGAGGCUUCAAGACAGAUUGAAGCUGCAUAUCAGCAAAGAAGUAAAGCUUUAAUUCAAGGAUCAAACAUAAGGGGAUAUUUGCUUGAUUUUGAUCAAAUGAAACAACAGAAUGAGAAGACUAAAUUUUCAAGAACCAUCAGAAGAGGGGAGUAA